AUGGAUGUGUAUAAGACGGCUUUUAGGACUCGUUAUGGACAUUUAUGCCUUUUGUCUGAACUUGGGAAGGAAUUUGUGGUUUACAGUAACGCGUUACAUGUGGGUUUGGGUUGUGUUCUGAUACAGGGUAGUAAGGUUGUGGCAUAUGUGUCUCAUCAGCUCAAGACAUAUGAGAUUCGGGAUAAACAAUUAAAGGAUGAAUCGUUGGAUCUUCGGUUCCAUCAGGUUGAGAGCGGCAGCACUACGGACUUUAGGCUGAAUAAUGAUGGGACCUAUGGUCAAUCUGAGGGGGUGAUUCAGAUAUUAGAGAAUAUGUUGAGGAGUUGUGUUGUCAAUUUUCGAGGCAGUUGGGAGGAUUAUCCCGAGUUAGCCGAGUUCACUUAUAAUAACAUCUUCCAGUCUAGCAUUCAGAUGGCACCAUAUGAAGUUCUGUUUGGACGUAAGUAUCGCACUCCCCUAUGUUGGACUAAGUUGGGUGAAUGUCGAGUCUUGGGUCCUGAGUUGGUUUCUGAGACUAAGGAUAAGGUUCAACUGAUCAGGGAUCGUCUGAAGCAAGUGGGACCGAUCGCUUAUCUGUUGGAGUUACCUCCAGAGCUAGACCGUAUUCAUGACGUAUUUUACAUCUCGAUGUUGAAGUGUUACCGCUAUGAUCCUACUCAUAUUGUCCCUAUUGAGGAUAUUGAGGCUAGGCCAGAUUUGACCUUCGAGGAGGAGCCGGUUCAGAUUCUAGAUCGUGAUGUAAAGGUUCUUUGGAGGAAGUCUAUUCUAUUAGUGAAAGUACUAUGGCAGAAUCAUAGCACUGAUGAGGCUACGUAA